AUGCUCCCACUGAUCUCUCUAGUGUUUAAUAUUGCCGUGGCAAAAAGUUUGAAUAAGCUGCCAGAGGUGGGAGGGAACUAUUCGUGGGACACCCACUUGGGGUAUGCGCACGUCAGGCGGAGUUGUUCGAGCACAGAUAAGAUAUGCGAGGGCGGUGGCGCGGACGUGUGCGCGAUGAGAAUGGCGGGCGGGGUCCGCCAACACGUCCACUACGAGAACUCCUGUUAUUUAUUCAUGAGCAACAUGUGCGAGAAUCCCGGUCAAGAGUUUUCGAUAGUAUCGAGCGGCAGUUGCGAGCAUUAUAAAGAUUCGCGAAGGAACAGUCCAGUUGCGAACAAGAACGCGACAGUAGACAUUAAAUCCAUGCCUGGUUCGACAGCCAAGCCGGCCGCUCGCUCGGGCACCAUGAGCACGCUGUACGACGUCGACUCUGCCUUCGACUUCCACCUGUGCCCAAUGUCCUGCCCCGACACCUACGAGCCGAUCUGCCUCAGCGUCAACCGCGGCUACGGCGCCUACUUCAAGUUCUACACGUUCAUCAACCACUGCGCGGGCGAUCUGUACUACUGCAAGCACUGGCAAGAGUUUAGUCCACCACCAAAUGAAGACGAGAACGUCGUCAGCUCCAAGCUGGGUUGGUCUUUCUGCGGGUCUUCCAGAUACCUUCAGUUCGCUCGAUUUGCCGAAGUGUCAUCAUCGAUGGGUCACUAUGGAUGGUUAGCUGGGAACUACAAAUACAGCCACAUCAUGGAACCACACGAGAGGAUUAAAGGAUACGGG